CAUAAGGCGGCGGCCAUCUUCGUGGGCGGAGGCGGCCCGGGCGGGGGCUCGGCGAGCGGGGACGGGAGGGUUGGAGGUGGCCGGGCGGCCUCGGCCACCCGAUAAUCGCAUCUUUUCCCAGUGUCUCGUCUGCAGAGGGAGCAGUAUGUCCGCGGAAGUCCCCGAGGCAGCCUCAGCGGAGGAGCAGAAGGAAAUGGAAGACAAAGUGACUAGUCCAGAGAAAGCUGAAGAAGCAAAAUUAAAAGCAAGGUAUCCUCAUCUGGGACAAAAGCCUGGAGGUUCAGAUUUCUUAAGGAAACGAUUGCAGAAAGGGCAAAAAUAUUUUGAUUCUGGGGAUUACAACAUGGCUAAAGCAAAAAUGAAGAACAAGCAACUUCCUACUGCAGCCCCGGAUAAGACAGAGGUCACUGGUGACCACAUUCCCACUCCACAGGACCUUCCCCAGCGGAAACCAUCCCUUGUCGCUAGCAAGCUGGCUGGCUGAUUAAAAGAGCUGAACUGCAUGAAUCUUCUAAUUCCCAUUAUUUUUCUGUACUAUGUUACUUCCCCGCUUUUUAUUUCCUUUCAUUCACUAAGUCAUUUGAGAGUGACAGCUUUGCAGGUAGCGGUAGUGUGUGCUGCUAUUGUAAGGGAAGAUACAUGUGUAGAGUUUUUGAUUAGUUUUACAGUGCACUGAUGAAAACAUGUUAGAGCAACAUAAAGUAAUCUACUUGAAAAUAAUUGUAUAUAUUACCUAACUCUUUAGUGUAGAACUGGUCCUAACAACUACCAAGCAAGUUUUACAAUUUUAAUGUUUUGGCUUUCUUUAUUUCAUCUUAAUUAUAGCUUUGUGUGUUACUCUUAUUUAAUAUAACCUCUACUAUAUUGUUUUUCUUCUGUGUUAUCCUUUCGGAUUUUAUAAAACAGAAGUUUAAGACCACAAGUUGGAAGAAAGGUCACAUAUUUCAAACACAAAAAGAUCGGGCUCCAAAAAAAUUUGUAUUUCUGUGCUUGAACUUGAAUGGCCUUAAACCUGUUUCAGCUUUAACAAUAGAAGUUUACUUGGGCAAUAUUUGCCCGUUCUGGUGUAACUUAUGUGACCCUAUUGCUUAACAGCUGCCCUUGAUGCUAACAUUCAGUUCUAUAGUUAGAAUACCUUUUGUUGUUAAAGAUGUGAAUGAAGUAUGCAUGUGCAUCGACUGUUGAAUUCACUUUUGUGCCAUUUUUGUAAAUACAAGUUUUGCACAACCUCUCAAAAA